AUGGCGACCGUGAGGCCCGUGGCAAACGUGUACAGCACGAACAAGAAGGAGGUGGUUGGUGAGGUAGAAAUCCCCAUAGUGUUUCAAACGCCCAUAAGAAGUGACCUGGUACAAGAAGUGUUUAAAAAUGUUUCAAAGAACAGGAGACACCCGUAUGCAGUUAAGUUGGAGGCAGGGUAUGAAACAUCAGCAGAGUCCUGGGGUACAGGAAGAGCAGUGGCACGAAUCCCGAGAGUACCAGGAGGAGGAACACACAGAGCAGGACAAGGAGCAUUUGGAAACAUGUGUAGAGGAGGAGGAAUGUUUAAUCCGACUAAGAUAUGGAGAAGGUGGGGUAGGAAGGUAAAUCUGAAGGAGAAGCGUUAUGCUGUUUGUUCAUCCAUUGCAGCUAGUGGUGUGACAUCGUUAGUCCUAGCAAGAGGACACCGUAUCUCGAACAUGAAGGAAGUACCACUGGUUGUUAGUGAUGAUAUGGAAUCAAUUAGCAAAACGAAAGAAGCUCUUAAGUUUUUAAUCACACUAGGAUUGAAAGAAGAAGUGAACAGAUUAGUAAAGUCAAAAAAGAUUAGAGCAGGAAAAGGGAAAAUGCGAAACAGAAAGUACAGAAUGAGAAAUGGUCCUCUUAUUAUAUAUAAUAAAGAUUCUGGUGUGAAGAAAGCCUUUAGGAAUAUACCUGGUGUUGAUUUGUGUAAAGUCACGAAACUCAAUUUACUCAAGUUAGCUCCUGGCGGAUCUGUCGGCAGGCUAUGCAUAUGGAGUGAAAGUGCAUUUAAAAAAUUGGAUAUUAUAUAUGGAAGAAUUUACAAGAAAAAAAUUACAAAAAAAAAUUAUGUUCUUCCCAAGUCCAUUAUGGCUAACUCCGAUAUAUACAGAAUUAUUAGUAGCGAACAGGUGCAGUCCACUUUGCAGGCGAGAAAGAGACCAUGCAAGAAGAGAGUACAAAAUAAGAACUCGCUCACGAACUUUGCUGUUAGAUGUAGACUGAACCCAGCUUACAAAUUAAUGAGGUCCAUCGCUAUUAACAGAAUAAGAAAGAGCAUUGAGGCCAAGAAGAACAACAAAAAGGAACUCCGAGUGAAGAAGAAAAUUCAGAAGAAGGAACUGCAGAAGGUCAACCACGCCUACUAUACCAGCAUCGCCAAUUCGAUGAAACGCAAAAAGAAGAAGGAAGAGAAAAAGGCCAAGUGUAAGAAGGACGCCAACAAGGCUCUCCUCCCCACCGCAGGGGAUGAGUGA